AUGAGGGAAGUUCUGGGCUCCUCAUCGCCAUUUUGCUCCAUCCCUGAGGAGGCCAUUAAGCGACACUUUGAGGCUUCCUAUUCCUCAAGAGAUGGAUGUGCCGGUGUCCCUCCACCGAAUUGCCUGGUCCCUCCCGCUCUGCACCCCCCUCCACUGCUUGACUCUGCACUACCUGAGGAGGUUUCCCUCCUGCUGAGGAGGGCCUCUAAUACGGCUCCUGGCCCUGAUGGGGUCCGCUACAACGUGUGGCGCCGUAGAGACCCGACAGGACACGUGCUGGCGGCUGUAUUCAACCUCUGCAUCGCCGCCAGACGAUUCCCACCAUCCUGGAAGUCCUCCUCUACGGUGCUAAUACACAAGAAGGACAACCCUGGCGACAUCAACAACUGGCGUCCCAUCGCCCUCUCCAACACUGCGGGGAAGCUCCUCUGCAGUCUCCUGGCGGAUCGUCUCUCCAGGUGGGCCUCCGACAACAACCUUAUUUCUGGGGCUCAGAAGGGGUUCACCCCAGCGGAGGGCUGCCUGGAACAUAACUUCAUCCUCCAGGAACUCCUCGAUGACGCAAGGAGGCGUGGGAGCGAGCUCUGCGUGGCGUGGUUCGACCUCGCCAACGCCUUCGGCAGUGUCCCCCACUCCGCCCUCCUCGCCGCGCUCCGUUCUGCGGGGCUGUCGCAAGACCAGCUGCGAUUCAUCGAGGACUUAUACCAGGGGAGCUCUACUUCCAUUCGCCACUCCAGAGGAUCGACUGACCCCAUCGCCUUUGGAGCUGGAGUUCGCCAGGGCUGCCCACUCUCCCCCAUCCUCUUCAAUCUGGUGAUGGAGUACCUGAUUCGGCCGCUCACUGCACUGGAGGACCAACAUGGAGCAGUACUCCACGGCACCAGCGUCAGCGUCCUGGCAUACGCUGAUGAUCUUGCCCUUGUGGCGAGGUCGGAGGCGUCUCUUCAGGCUCUGCUGGACGUCGUCAUCCCAGCUGCGACGUGGGUUGGACUCCGGUUCAAGCCCACCAAGUGUGCCACGCUCCAUGUUGCCCGGAGGACUACUAGACCUUCAGUCUUCCGGAUCUACGGUGCGCCGCUUCGGGUCCUCGGAGAAGGGGAUUCCUACCAACAUCUUGGAGUCCCCACCGGGAUGAAGGUGGACCAAACCCCGGUCGCCACCAUCGCCAGAUUGGAAGCCGAGACUGAGGCCGUCCUUCGGAGUGUGCUGGCGCCUUGGCAGAAGCUGCACGCCUUGCGGACUUUCAUCAUUCCGCAGUUAGAGUUCAACUUGAAGACCGCGCGGAUCCGCAAGACUGCACUUAGGAGCCUGGACAGUAAGAUCAAGUGUGGUAUGAAGAAGAUCUUCAACGUCCCUUCACGCGCCAGUGCCGAGUUGGUCUAUCUCCCACCUUCCUGCGGCGGGGCUGGACUCGUCCCGCUGGCCGACCUCUCGGACCUGGCCGCCAUCAACCACGCGUUCAGGCUCCUCACCUCACCGGAUGCCAGGGUGGCCUCGCUUGCCUUGGAGGGAUUGGCGGCCUCUGCGGGCCAAAGGAGUGCUGCCCGCGCUGGAAUGGAGUUCCUUGUGGGAUACCUCAACGGCGACUUCCCCGGGAACUCCAAUGUUGCCACCACUUUUUCUGCCGCGCGGGCGGCUCUGAAUAGGCUGAAGAAGCGCUUGCCUGACUUGCGCUGGGGCUGGUGUGCCGGCAGGGCAACAUUCCAAAUCACGAUCCCUGGGGAUAGGGCUCUCAGGAUCGUCGACAGGGGCUCCCGUCACGCGCUGUCGGCCAGUCUGCGCUCCUCGCUGCAGCAACACUUCAGGGCCACCCUUUCCGCGAAACCCGACCAGGGAAGGGUGGCCAGGGUCACCACCACCUGCGCCACGGCCAACCACAUGCUGCACGAGGGACGCUACACACGCUUUGCGGACUGGCGGUUUGUUCACCGGGCCAGGUUGAAUGUCCUCCCUCUCAACGGCUGCCGGCGCUGGGGAGUCAACGAUCGGCGUUGUAGGCGGUGUGGUCAACACGACGAGACCACCGCCCACGUGCUCUGCCACUGCACCUCCAGCCUCGCUACUGGCAUCACGCGAAGACACAACGCCGUCCAGGAUCUCCUCGUCGCUGCCAUCAGACCUGCGGAGGGAGUUGAGGUCCGCGUGAACCAGCGGGUGCCCCUACAAGCGCUGCUCCAAGGCCGAGACGAUUUUCCGGAGGAGAUGGUGCGCUGCCGUCCGGAUGUGGUGAUGAUCGACGCCCACAACAAGAUCGUCAAGAUCGUCGACAUCGCCGUUCCGUACGAGGACGGCUGGCGGGCCAUCGAGGCUGCGCGGGAGAGGAAGCUGGACACCUAUGGACCACUCGCCCGGAUGCUGACGGCCGGAGGCUACAGGACUUCCGUGGACGCCUUCAUCGUCGGCUCCCUGGGUGCGUGGGACAGCGCCAACUGGGGGACCCUGGCACGCCUCGGGGUUCACCGUAGAUACGGCACAUCCCUCUCCCGUCGCUGCGUCUCCGAGGCCAUUCGCUGGAGCCGAGACAUAUAUGUCACCCAUGUAUCCGGCGUCCAGCAGUGGCAAGACUGA